AUGGCCAUUGGAAGGCACCUGUCGAUCCUGCUGGCCGCGGCAACGGCGCUGGCUCCUUCCCAACUUGCCGCAGCCGUCGUUCAUCCUCAACGGCUUCCCGGCCCGGAAUAUCUCCCUCGCCAACAUGAUCCUGCUGACUCGGCCGACGUCAUCCGCGAAACACACCUCGUCCGACGGGCCACCAGCCAGUCGCCAAAGGGCUACACGCCGUCUCCCCUCGACUGUCCCAGGAGCCGUCCCCGGGUGCGAGACGGCAGCAGCUUGUCGCCGCAGGAGAGAGAGUGGCUUCCCAGGCGCCGAAACGAAACCGUCGCCCCGAUCCGCGACCUCCUGAGGCGCAUAGCCAUCCCCAAUUUCGACAGCGAAGCCUACCUCAAGGAUGCGGCCACCGACCCGACCGCGCUGCCAAACAUCGGUUUGGCCGUCUCCGGCGGCGGUUACCGCGCCAUGUUGAACGGCGCCGGGGCUGUCGCGGCCUGGGAUAGCCGCUCGACUGGCAGCCAGACCAAGGGUAACCUGGGCGGCCUGCUUCAGAGUGCCACGUACAUCUCUGGCCUGUCCGGCGGUAGCUGGCUGGUGGGCAGCAUGUACUCAAACAACUUUACUUCGGUCCAGGACGCCGUCAACGCGCCGCAAAUCUGGCAGUUUGACGAUUCUAUCCUCAAAGGUCCCCAGCUGUACAGCCUCUUGCAGUACUACAGCGAGAUCAUUGACGAUGUCAAGGCCAAGGCCAAGGCAGGCUUCGAUACGUCAAUUACUGAUUACUGGGGUCGCAUGCUUUCGUAUCAGCUCGUCAACGCAACCAACGGCGGGCCGGGCUUCACGUACUCCUCCAUCGCAGACGACCCCGGCUUCUCGUCCGGCAAGACUCCACUUCCAUUCAUCAUUGCCGAUGGUCGCGCCCCGGGCCAGAAGAUCAUCGCAUCAAACUCAACCAUAUUCGAGUUCACCCCCUGGGAGUUUGGCUCUUUCGACCCGUCUCUGCAAGGAUUCGUCCCCCUCCAAUAUGUCGGCUCCAACUUCACCAACGGCUCGAUCCCAGACAACGAAUCGUGUGUCGUGGGCUUUGACAAUGCCGGCUUUGUCAUGGGCACCUCGAGCAGCCUGUUCAACCAGAUUGUGCUGUACAUCAAGGACGGAGACAGCAGAUAUGUCCCCGAGGACAUUCCCAAGUUUGUCGUCAAUGUUUUGACGUCCCUUCUGAACUCCCUAGGCGACAGCGACAAUGACAUUGCAGACUGGACUCCCAACCCCUUCAAGGGCUGGAACACGGCCAACAACCCCAGUGCUCGUAAUACCCGCCUGACGCUCGUCGACGGCGGAGAGGAUCUGCAAAACAUCCCCUACCACCCGCACCUGUUCCACGAGAGAAACGUCGAUGUGGUGUUCUCGAUCGAUUCCUCGGCCGACACAGACAGCAGCUGGCCGGACGGCGCAUCAGCCAUCGCCACGUACGAGCGCUCGCUGCAAUCCUCGGUUGCCAACGGGACAGGAUUCCCCGCCGUGCCGGGCAAGAACACCUUCAUCAACCUCGGCCUCAAUUCGAGGCCCGCCUUCUUCGGCUGCCAAUCAUCCAACCUCACCAAGCCCUCCCCGCUCAUCGUCUACAUCCCCAACUAUCCCUACCUGUACGAGUCCAACAUAUCCACCUUCCAGAUGGCCAUCAGGUCGGACGAGCGAGACGCCAUCGUCCAGAAUGGCUGGGCAGUGGCCACGCAGCUCAACAGCACGCGGGACCCCGACUGGGCCGCGUGCGUCGGCUGCGCCAUGCUCGCCCGCAGCUUCGAGCGCACCAGGGCGACGGUGCCCGACAAGUGCACCCAGUGCUACACCAACUACUGCUGGAACGGCACGCUCAAUGAGACGAAGCCUGAACCGUACGCGCCUCGUCUCUACACCAAGGGCAUUCUCAUCAAGAGCUCGGGUGCUCCUGGCCGGGAGUUGGGUUCACUCAUGACAGCCGUGGGGCUGGCGGCUUUGGCCGUUGCGGCGUUUUGA